AUGACACACAGUCAGCCGCCACUUCUACCACCAGAUAUCAUGGAAUCACAAUUGUCCAUGAUUGACCUCCUUACAGCCAUGUUCCCGUCACCAGGCGAACUUGAGAUCCCAGCAUCCACAGCCCAAUGCGUCGAAAAGCUCCGGGACUGGUGCCAGGACCCAGCCAUUGAACCCUCUGGCAUACCCUCAAGCUUACUGCUCGCUGUCUGUCUACCCAUCGUAGAAGGAGAGAAAACAAUCCAAGUCAACAUCUCGAUUCCCCUGCACGGCGAGGGCCCAGAGAGUGACCAACCACCGCCAUUGAGUUAUACACUUCGACAACCGGACUGGAUGUCCAAAGCUGAGAUUGCGGGACUAGCCGCUGCAAUGCCCCAAGACGAUGUGCUGGAGGCAUUUGAAUACGUUCGCGAGGAAGCGCUGCGCUUCCUUGAAACAAGACAGACGUCUGCUUCUGAGGCUGUGGCGGGUGAUUCGGAACCCAUCGUGCGAGUUUGGUUCUACUUCCCGUCUCUGUCGACUCGAGAAAAGAGGGAUGAUAUGGUUAACAACGCACCGGCCUAUUCUCUGACUGGUUUUGUGUUGGCCGGUAAGCCAGGCGUGCUGUGUCUGGAGGGUGGGUCGGCGGAUAUCGAUGCGUAUAUGAGGUUCAUCAAGACACACUCGUGGGGUGAUAUCCCCAGUCACCAGAAAAAGGUCAGCGAGAGAUUCCGGGAGACGGAAGGCGUUCAGAGGGUGUUCUCGGGGAUGCAGGAAAUUACGGAUUCUCUCGGGGAACGGAGUGGACAGAGGGCCAAUAGAGGUGACAUGCAGGCGUUAGAGGCAUGGCUGCGGGAUAGAGGGUUGCAAGAAGCAUUUGAGAAGGUAAUAUUUUGA